GGCGGCGGCGGUAGCGACGGAGGAGGUAGGCGGCGGUGGACGACGGACGGAGCAGUCGGUGGUUACGAGCGAGGGCGACAUGUUGGACAUGUCCGUGUGACCCGUGCGCGUGGCAGGCGAUCUCUGGCGCGCGAUCCCCGUGCGUUUCUCAGGUCUCCUCGGAGAUUUUUUUUUUCCCUCCCGCCCUACACGAUCGUCCGAUCGCGCAGCGGUGCGUGCGCGGGUGCGAUAUACAUACGGUGGUGGCCCGCGGCCGAGCAGUGCAGCGACACAGUGAAGCGAGGCGAGGCGCGCGAGCGCGAGGCACCGCACGUCGCCGCUAUACAUGUGAAGUGUCGCGAGGAUAAUUAUUCGCCCGUCGCCGCCCCGCUGGUUUACCCGGCCCAGCAAACAACAUGAGCUGGGGCACGGAGCUCUGGGACCAGUUCGAGAAUCUGUCCCUGCACACACAAAAAGGGAUAGAAUUUCUCGAGAGGUAUGGCCACUUCAUACGCGAUCGUUGCGCGAUCGAAUUUGAAUACGCAGCGAAGCUCAGGCGUCUCGUGAAGAGUUAUCAACCGAAGAAGAAGGAGGAAGAGGAUUAUCAAUAUAGUCCCUGCCGGGCGUUCAAAAUGGAGUUGAACGAAGUGAACGACCAGGCCGGUCAGCGGGAGGUGAUUGCGGAGAACCUCCAGGCGAACGUCCUGCGGGAGCUCAAUAUCCUGGUUAAGGACUUCAAGGAGGAUCGUAAGAAGCAUUUGCAGGAGGGCGCGCGGCUGAUGGCCACUCUAGCCGGGCAGAUCGGCAACCUGGAGCGCGCCAGGAAGGCCUACGAGAAGGCCUUCCGCGAGGCGGAGCGCGCCGUGGAGAACUAUCAGCGAGCGGACGCGGAUCUCAAUCUCUCGAGAGCAGAGGUCGAGAAGCAGAGGAUGAAUAUGACCAUGAAGACCCAGCAGAGCGAGGAAGCCAAAACGGAGUAUGCGAAUCAGCUGCAAAAAACGAAUGACAUGCAGACGUUGCACUACCACACAGCGAUGCCGGAAGUGUUUCAACAUCUUCAGGAGCUGGACGAGAAAAGGAUAAAGAACAUGCGGAAUUACAUGAUGAAAUCGGUAGAGAUCGAGCGGGCGGUGGCGCCGAUAAUUGCCCAGUGCUUAGAUGGCAUUGAGAAGGCGGCGAAUGAGAUUAACGAGAAGGAGGACACGAUGUUGGUAAUCGAACGCUACAAGAGUGGUUUCCAGCCACCUGGAGACUUUCCCUUUGAAGACCUGUCGGUCGCCAAGAACUACGACAGCAACAGUCAAUUGGCUCAGCCGGUCAUGCAGCCGAUCCAUAAUCACCUCACGGUCAAGGGCACCGUCUCUGGUGGCAAGAUCAAGAAAAGGGUCGGCCUCUUCGGGAUCUUCGGCAGUAAUAAGUUGAUCGAGGUGUGCAUAGCUUUAAAGAACAAUGUGCCUGGCUACGGUGACGGCGCCAAGGAGGACUGCAGCGAUCUGCCACCGAAUCAACGGAAGAAGCGGCUGCAGCAGCGACUGGACGAGAUCCAGGCGAAAAUCCAGCAGGAGACCGCGGCGAGGGACGGUCUGAUGAAGAUGAAAGGCGUGUACGAGCAGAAUCCCGCUCUCGGAGAUCCGAUGAGUAUAGAGGGGCAAUUAAACCAGUCCAGUAACAAACUGGACAAACUCGGAGUUGAAUUGGCAAAGUUUCAAGGCUACCUCGAAGAAGCAAUGCGCGCUGGUGCCAGUUUAUCUAGCCCAAGUCAAGCACAGCGAAAACCUACUACCAACGGCUCGGCAACGAGGCCGUUGAGUUCACGGAGAGGUAGUCACUCGGGCGGCGAGGAGAGUCUCUCGAGAUCCGCCUCGGACUCGAGCGUUUGUAACGCGAACGCGAAUCAACCGGUUCACAAGAAAAGCGCACCUAGCACACCGCAGCCGACUCAUGGUUCCACGAACAGCCCGGAAUCUGGCCUCGGCGAGUCGAGAACGUCGCUACCCGGCAGCGGCUGCGAGGAGUAUUAUCAUGAUGAGGUGGACGCUCAGCCACCACUAGGAACGUGUCGAGCGCUUUAUCCUUUUGAUGCGACUAGCGAAGGUUCCAUACCAAUGUACGACGGUGAAGAGCUGUACAUGAUCGAGCUGGACCAGGGAGACGGUUGGACUAGAGUGCGACGCAUUUCGCAGCCGAUUGAGGGCUUCGUGCCGACCUCGUAUAUAGAGUGUCACCUGUACAACACUUAGCCGCUUUUCCUAGAGUGUUAAAGGGGAACUGCGUGACGCAAAACAGCUCGAAGGAGAUUAUUAACGAAGACAUGUAACACAUUUAGCGCCGUCGAAGAUUCGAGGGUCAUGUAUUGGAUGAAUACAGACAUAUUGGCACGGGAUACCGAGAAGUCAGCGGAUCAGCAGGCCUAAUCAAUACUCGAACGAUGGAAACUCGAAGGAUUCUUUGAAGUUCGAAGACGCAGGAACUUGGAGACAUGGACAGAAUAUUCACAAGCAAAAAUGUAUUAUGAGAUUCCGCUUAAGAUUCUCGUAAGAUUGACGAAAGGUGGAAUUUCUCGUUCGCGAAUCUGAGAAAUUGUUCAUCGAUCCGAAGAUCCGCGCGAUUCUAAUGCAUAGAAGUAGAAGCAUUCGCGGAAUCGGAUGAUCGCGUGCUAAUAUUCUCACAUUCAACUAUCACUGUCAAUGCGUACAUACCUCCAAUCCAACACAUCUCCCUCCUGAGGAUUUCCUGUUCGAUCGAUCGGCCGAUCGAUCAGGAAGGAACAAAGGAACGAUUCGAACAAACUGCCCCGGCUUUGUGAUCAAUCAAUCUAAGCGUAAUAGGGAUAAAGUCGAGCUCAUUUUUUGGGCUUAUUAUAGACCCCUAAGAGAUAUAUUUCGCCCUUAUCCGGAUUUAUUUAAUUCUAAUAUAAUACUUUGUUAUAUAAUAAUUACUCUAGCAAUUGUCUGUUGAAUGGGUAUUUAACAGGUUUUAAUAGUGUUAUUAUUAAUAGCGAAUGUAUUAUUUAAAUUUACAUUUGAAUUACUGUUUUCGUGUCCUCCUAACGAUAUCCUUCUUUGCGAUUUUUUUUUAUUUUUUUAUUUUUUUAUUAUAAAGGCUCGCGGCGGCCCUACAGCCUUACCUGCAUUAUUUUGAAAUUAUAAGUUGAUAUUAAUGGCUGUUGAUUAUUAAUUAAACAGGCCUGCGAAAUUGAGGGUCAAUUAAGCGAAAAAUAUCCAUCACAUCAGGUUUUUAAAGAUAUAUGUGGUAAUAUGAGCUAAAAACAAUGAUUUUCAAGGCAUUGUUGUAGCUGACCAAAUUAUAUUUUUAAUAAUUUCUCAGCUGCAUUAUAACUGCUAUCUUUUACCUUUAAUUAGCGAUUUUGUUUAUUCCUGUACGAUUUUUUCACCGAGUUAUGAAGAUUUUAAGAUAAAAACUUCGAUGAUCAGCCUUACGUACCGCGAAGUAUAGUAAAAUCGGCAGCUCGGUGAAUUAUAAAGUACAUUCAAAGUAUCGACGGCUGCCACGGCGCGGCUGCGAUAGCUACGUUUCUCGCGAGAGACAUGACCCGCAGUUUGAUACAUAAGACAAAAGUCAUGGGCGCAACCAUGACUUUGCCUAUAUGUUAUGUUUUUUGGUCGUAAAACGCUAGUAAAUCAUUAACUAUUUUACUACCGUUCUACUUUUAUACGACGAUACCUUGUAUUUUAUAAUUCCCAGGUAAAAAUUAUUGUUUUUUGGUUCAUAUUAUCACAUAUAUCUCAAAAACUUGAUGUGAUAGACUGUAUUUUUUGCUGGCGGAUUCGGACUUAGCGACCAAAAUUACGUAGGAAAUCACGAUUCUGCUACUUGUUUUGUUUAGAACCAUUAAUUUCGCAGGCUUGUGUUAUUAAUUAUGAAAUUUUUAACCGCGAGAAUACGACUGUAUUAUUAUUUAUCCGCGGGAAAAAAUUUUUUACGCGGAGGACCAUAUCGGGAUCUGCAUUCUCUUUGCGUUCGAUUCUCAUUGAAAUUAUUACCGAUAACAAUAUUGUUAUUACUUUAUUAAUCUUGAAAAGUUUUUAUUUAGAAAUACUGUAUUAUCUUGCUGACUGUGUACUAUGUUUCACUGUGUAAAUAAUUCUCUUUUUUUUAUUUUAUUAAAGUAGUCUUAUACGAAAGGCCACGAAUGGCCUUAAAGUCUAUCUACGGCAGGAAACUCAUGAAUCCAGAGGUAAGGGUUGAAUUUAGGCAUCUGUAUGAUAGCGUUAUGUCCGAUCGUAUACAUACUCAAUUGUAUGCAUUUGUCACUUAAUCCUUGAGCAGGAGCAAGACUCGGAACAGGUGGAUUGCGUUAUUUAUAAUUAUUAAAAAAAAAAUAAUUGUUUAAAAUCGCAAUUAGAAAAUGUCAAAUUUAAUCGGUUAUCAGACGGUUAACGCAAGUAGUGCAAUAUUUUGCUUAAAGAUCUUGAGUCUGUCUGUAUGAAAAUCUAUGUUUUCAAGAUCGCUUCGGAAUUACAACAAUGCGGCUGCUUAAGGAUUAAAGCGCGAUGUCUUUUCAUGAAGAGUCGACGGUGAAAUGAUCCCUAAUGCACUCACGUGACUUCUCGAGACGUAUCCUUUUUCCGUGUAGCUGUGCACGAGCGAAACAUUUAACGACCCUCGUUAAGAAAAAAGGAAAUAACUAUCUUAGUAAUAAUAAUCGCGCUCCGCCUACUCGUCACACGCAAAUUAAUCACGUCUGUUGUAAUCGUCGCCGCACCGAAGUUUUAUCGUUCUUUUGUAUAACUCGACUCGACGUCGUAAAAGGCGGCCGACUGUUUCACGGACACGGCUCACUAUCAACACUGAGAGAACACGAGACUGAUCGUCGCUAGAGUUUCGUCGUACUCGCGUGAGUUGAGCAAAAUCUUGACGUUUACUCGUAAUCGAGAUCUCGAGCAAAAAUCUAUGAGAUUUUUGAAAUACAGUAGCAUCAAGAAUUAUAGAAAUGAUAGAAGAUAAGAUGCACAUAGCAUAGAAUUAAAAUUCGGCGAAGAAUUUAUAUAAUUAAAUAUCCGUUUUUGUUUGAUUUUAUGAAAUUGAGGGUUUCUAAAAUUACCGUUUUUUGAUUCAACGAACUAUGAAUUUGUAGUAUCUGAAAUUUGUGCGGAGUCUAAUUUUUAGUUGUCUAGAAUGAAAAUUUUAUAAAGUAGGAUAAAUAUAUCUCAAAUUGUGCCAAGAUUUACGAGAUUGUAAUUUUUUACAAUACAAGAGUUUUUUAAAUCUUAAUGUAACACUUGACUCUUCAACGAUUUACAGACUUAAGAUUAAUUGGCUUAUUUAAAAGCCUAAUCAACAGUCAGCGAAAGGAAAUGUCUGUGAGAGGCGAAGAGUCAUAUUCAGAACUCGAUUACGUGUAACAUCAGUUUGUGACGAAAAAUGGGUCGUCCCGAUGGACCGGUCGGCGUACCGCGUUUAAGGAGUUGCCUGAAUGUGACUAGUUAGUGAUAGAUUCAUGUAAAUAUUGCCAGGGAUAUGGAAGAGCGAGAGCGAGGCUACCCAGCAUGCGAGUGCCAGAAUCGAUAUUAAAGCCGGGAAGGGCUCGUUUCUGUCGCGGACAAGAGCUCGGUCCUCAAAUAUAUUGCGGCAACACAUUGUGCUGCGUUUGGUGCUGCGCAUCGGUAUGUUAAAAUGGUCGAAGAAAUAACGUUCGCGAUAAUUGUAGGCGGCAAGUUGUGUAAUUGUAGAAGAUUGUAGCGUCGGCUUGCCACUAUUGUUACUUCGGGUGAUAUUCUGCGAUAGCAAAGAAUCUCGAUGAACAUCGUCGAAGCAGUGCAUAAAAAUGCAUCUCGAGAGGAUCGAUCCUUGACCCACAUGUCCCGGGAGGAAGUCCGCGCGAUCGCGAGAACCUGGUGCGUUCGUCGUAAUUUAUCCGAGCAGAAACCGGGAAUACGUGUAACUUUCUCGCGUAUUGAAUGUAUAUGUAUAUAUUAUAUAUAGAUACAUAUAGAUAUUAUAUUCGAUCGUCAGGAAGAGAAAAGGCGUAGCUUCACUAUAGCCGUACGCAAGUACACGAAUAAAUAUGAUCAAUAGUACACUCAGACACGUUACACACAUACACACACGCACACGCGCAUCCUGCUCCCGCUCUUGAUCGCUUCCGGUUCGUUAAUGGCGAAAACAAGGGAACUUGCUCGGCGAUUACGUUAAAACGAAGUAACGGGGCCGUAUGCCCGCCCCGACGUUUCAUUGUGUCUGUUCUAUGUAUAUUUUGUGAUUCUCUAUACGCGCGAACAAGUAUUGUAGAUAAUUAAUUCUGCGUUUUAUUAUACUUUAUUAUUAUUAUUUUUAUUAUUAUUAUUAUUAAUAUUGAAAAAAUACAGGCACUAAACCAAUAUAACUGUUUCGAAUACGUUAACGUGGCUAAAAUAUUUGCCUUUAUAUCCAGAGUUCUUCCUUUUUUAAUAUUUCGUUUUAUCUCUUACAGAAAAUAUAUGUGUUUCGAAAGAUAUGUUUCAUCCGUUUAGGUUCAAAAAGUUACAUUUUAUAUUUCUUGUAUAAUGAUUUUCUUUUUAAUAUCAUGACUUUUACUAUUUUAUUACUACAUAAAAAUCAAAAGUAUAAUGUAAAUAAUAAUAGUUAUUAAAUCGUGAAUGUAAUAUUCGUGUUUAUGCGAAUACGCGUUGAGGAGUAUUUUUCAUAAUAAUCGUAGUAAUACAUAACUAUAAAACGCGAAUAUGUAUAAUAUAUUAUUUUUAUUCGAAUAUAACAUAUCUAAUGUGCGUUCAACGUUUUAAUAACUAUUAUUGUACGAAGUGAAAAGUAUUAUAAUUAUUUUGGAAUAGAUUACAAAUUUAUUUUGUUUCAAAAAUUUUAUUUAAAGAAACUGCGGAAAGCUGUCAAUUAAACAGACUGAGGCGUGCGCUGCAGCCGUCUCUGUUUUGCGUCGUUUCUGCGUCCGUUUCUAAUCGAAGUUAUACCAUUUUGUGGCUUUUUCAGUCAUCGGUGCUGAAUUGCACGUAUGAAUAAACGUCGCGAAUAUUAACCAAAGUGUUGAACAAUCAUUGUACUAUGCAAUAUCUUCCGUUGCGUAUUGAUACUACGAUGAUAAUUAGCCGUGGUUUCUUCAUCACGCGAGCGAGUAUCCGCGAAGAAGUUGAAAUCGCGUGCAGCUUCAACGUGAAGCCGAUAAGGCAUCAGCAAUCCGGUGAGUAAGUUCAUUUCUACCACAUAUUAUGUAAAUAUUAUGUAAAGCUAAUUAUUUGAGCAUUAAUAUUAAUUAGCACAAUUAAAACUGCAGGUAAAGCAUUUUGUUCAUAAUCUGAUAAAAUCGAAGGAUAAGUGAAAAUACAGCAAUUACGGAAUUUCUUUUUUUUUUAAUAUUUAUUUUUCAAUUGGUGAGUUUUUUUUUGUAUUUUGAACAUGUGUUUUUCGGCACACCCUGUGUACAUACGUUCGUAUAUGAUUUAUUAUAGAUCAAGGUAGAGCGACGACCUUUCAUCCGUCGGAGCUAUAAUACGUUCUACAAGUGCACUAUUUACGUUCUCUAUUAAUAAACAGCGCGAUACACGUAUGCAUCGUAACAAAUUUGGCUCCACUACUUUCCGUUUACUUUACGUAAUAUAGAAGGUAAAUUUAUAAGUAAGUGGAAUUGUCCACAUUCUGUUUUGAAAGCAUUGCGCAGUUUCUAGUCUUCCGUUAAAAAUUGUAUAUACAAUUGCGACACAUAUAUCUUACAAAAUUUUUAACAACUGACG